CAUUUAAUAGUAGUAGUGGUAGUACGUUGUGCGUAUUAGUAAUGAAUGAUAUUGACAACAUGAAUUAUUUUACUAGUUUCUAUUGAAAAAAAUAUUAAUUUUGACUGAAAACAAAUGAAAUUAACAAUGUCAGAGGAAAAAGUAGAAAGUUUAACAGAAGUUGUGCAAAAUGAAACAAUGGAAGUUGCAAAUGAUGUAAAAAAAGUCGAAUCAGAGGAAAAUAAUAAAACUAAAUUAUCUGUUGAUGAAAACAAUGAAAAAACAAAUGGUCGCGCUCUCACUGACACCGGGAAUUGUUAUUGUGGCAAGGACCGUAAUUUGAAUAUUGCCGAAUUACUUUGUGCCAGUUGUGCAAGAUGGUUUCACGAAUCAUGCAUUGGUUAUCAACUGGGAAAACUAGUGCCAUUUAUGUUGAAUUAUAUAUUUAUGUGUAAAAAUUGUUCACCAACUGGACUUGAAAGUUUUAAGAAAAAUUUAGCGCCUUUUCCACAAAUGUGUGUUACGGCAAUUGCGAAUUUACUUCAAAUUUGCCAAAAGGACAAUGAUCAUAGAACUUUUUUUCACAAGGAUAAAGAUAUAAUUCCAUUUAUUGAAUGCCAUUGGGAAAGUAUGACAACAAUGCCACGAAGAGUUACACAAUCUUGGCACGCAACGAUUCAUAAAGCUCUGCUUAAGGAUGUAGGAACACUAUUUACAAUGGAUGAAAAUAAUACUGAUGGACAAUUGUUUGGUCUUAUAACUCCAGAUCUUUUACUCGUAAAACCAAAUUAUGAAGCUAUGAUUAAAGGUGGACAACUGAAAAUAACUGAAAUGGGUGUUGAGCACGUUGUACCACUUACUGGAGGUAUUCGGGGUCGCAAUGCAAAGCGUAAAAUUCCGGGUGAGGGCACGGGAACAGGACCAGGAAAAAAGGGAAGAGGUUCCGAUAUGGCAGCUCCAAAACUUCCAGCUCAUGGUUAUCCUCUCGAGCAUCCUUUCAAUAAAGAUGGUUACAGAUAUAUUUUGGCUGAACCCGAUCCUCACGCACCAUUCAGACAAGAAUUUGAUGAGAGUGCUGAUUGGGCCGGAAAGCCAAUUCCAGGAUGGCUUUAUAGAUCCUUGAGUCCUAGUGCAGUUUUACUUGCAUUACACGAUCGAGCACCACAGCUGAGAGUUUCGGAAGAUAGAUUGGCUGUCACGGGAGAUAAAGGAUAUUGUAUGGUUAGAGCUACACAUUGUGUUAGUAGAGGAAAAUGGUACUGGGAAGCAACUGUUGAAGAAAUGCCAGAAGGAUCAGCAACAAGACUAGGAUGGGGACAGGAAUAUGCAAAUUUACAAGCACCUCUUGGUUACGAUAAAUUUGGAUAUUGCUGGAGAUCAAGAAAAGGUACACGUUUUCAUGAAAGUAGAGGCAAACAUUAUAGUCAGGGAUAUGGUGAAGGAGAUACAUUAGGAUUUUUGAUAAUUUUACCAGAUACUUACGACAAAUCACACAUCCCAAAUACUUACAAAGACCGACCUUUAGUUAAAUUUAAAAGUCAUCUUUAUUAUGAAGAGAAAGAUCAAGUUCCCGAAGCACUAAAAGCUCUAAAACCACUUCCGUUGAGUAAAAUUAUUUUUUAUAAAAAUGGAAUUUCUCAAGGAGAAGCUUUUUUGGAUAUUUACAAGGGUGCAUAUUUUCCAACAAUUUCAAUUCAUAAGAGUGCAACGAUUUCUGUUAAUUUUGGACCAAAUUUCAAAUGUCCGCCCACUGAUACUGCCUAUAGAGGAUUGCAUGAAAAAGCAGAAGAAGCAAUUGCUGAACAAUCCAUGGCAGAUAUUCUCUAUCUCACUGAAAAUGAAGGCAGAUUAAGACUGGAUACAUAUACUUCUUGACAUUAGUGCAUCUUUUUUGUUUGGAUACUUUUUAUUAAUUUAGUGACAAUUGAUUAAAGAAUUGUCAUUCAAUUUUUUCUAGAAUGAAAUUAAUUCUUAAUUUAGU